AUGGUUUCUUUAUUCGAUAAAAGUGCUCCUGCGUUGCUACUCGUAUGGGGAUACUGUGUGUUGGCGGACACUGUGUUCACGAACUUUACGCUGGACAAUGAGGUCCACUCCAGUUUUAUCCACCGACGUUUGAAAAGUCAGGAGCGGCGGGAGAUGCAACGAGAGAUCCUCUCAAUUCUCGGGCUACCUCACCGGCCACGGCCGCAUCACCACGGCAAACACAACGCCGCUCCCAUGUUCAUGUUGGAUCUAUACAAUGCGAUGUCCACAGAAGCGGACGAGGAUGGGUAUUCGUAUCCCUAUAAGCCCGUUUUCACCACCCAGGGACCACCGAUAGCCUCGCUUCAAGACAACAACUUUCUCAACGACGCAGACAUGGUCAUGAGCUUCGUCAACUUAGUUGAGCACGAUAAGGAGUUUUUGCCUGUUCGACGCCAUCAUCGUGAGUUCCGAUUUGACCUGUCCCAGAUUCCCGAGGGUGAAGCGGUUACUGCGGCAGAAUUCCGAAUCUAUAAAGACUUCAUCCAGGAACGCUUUGACAAUGAGACAUUUCGCAUCAGUGUCUAUCAAGUUCUGGAGGAACACUCAGACAGGGAGUCUGAUCUUUUUCUACUGGAUUCGCGGGUUAUUUGGGCCGCUGAGGAGGGCUGGCUGGUCUUUGACAUCACUGCCACCAGUAACCACUGGGUUCUGAACCCUGGUCGGAAUCUGGGCCUUCAGCUGGCUCUGGAGAGUGUGGACGGUGAGAGUGUGAACCCCAGGGUAGCGGGUUUGAUUGGACGAAAUGGGCCUCAAAGCAAGCAGCCUUUCAUGGUGGCGUUCUUUAAAGCCACGGAGGUCCACAUCCGAAGUGUACGCUCUGCUCAGGGUGGAGGCAAACAACGCCAUGGCAACCGCUACAAAACCGCCAAGGGCCAAGAGGCGCUCCGUAUGGCCAACAUUGCAGAGAACAGCAGCGGUGAUCAGAAACAGGCAUGUAAGAAACAUGAGCUGUAUGUCAGUUUCAGAGACCUGGGGUGGCAGGACUGGAUUAUUGCUCCUGAGGGUUAUGCAGCAUACUACUGUAUGGGAGAGUGUGCAUUUCCCCUCAACUCCUACAUGAAUGCUACAAACCAUGCCAUCGUACAAACAUUGGUUCACUUCAUAAAUCCUGAGACAGUUCCUAAGCCGUGUUGUGCUCCAACUCAGCUCCAUGCAAUAUCUGUGUUGUACUUUGAUGACAGCUCUAAUGUCAUUCUAAAGAAAUACCGGAACAUGGUUGUUCGGGCCUGUGGCUGCCACUAG